GGUUGUGAUCUGAGAUCUGUGGUAUAAUAAAAAAAAUCUAAUUUUUGUGAGGUUACUAUUUUGAAUUUCUGAUAUUAUUAAAUUAUGGAAAAUAAACUUAAAAGAUACGAAAAAAUCGAGUACCUUGGAGAAGGACAAUUCGCUACCGUAUAUAAAGCGAAAGAUAUUGAGAACGAUAAUAUAGUCGCUGUAAAAAAAAUUAAAAUUGGAAGUAGGGAAGAAGCGCAAGAUGGAAUCAACAGAACAGCUUUAAGAGAAAUUAAAUUGCUACAAGAAUUGCACCACGAUAACUUAAUAGGACUUCUAGAUGUUUUUGGACAUAUGUCGAAUGUUUCCUUGGUGUUUGAUUUUAUGGAUACUGAUUUGGAAGUUGUCAUUAAAGAUAACACUAUUAUUUUGACCACAGCCAACAUCAAAUCUUACAUCUUGCAAACGUUAAAAGGUCUGGAGUACCUGCACUUAAAUUGGAUUUUGCACAGGGACUUGAAACCAAACAAUUUGUUGGUAAAUUCCAGCGGUGUGUUGAAAAUUGGUGAUUUUGGAUUAGCAAAAAUGUUUGGUUCUCCAAACCGUGUUAAUACUCAUCAAGUUGUCACCCGAUGGUAUAGAUCCCCUGAAUUACUUUUUGGUGCUAAACAGUAUGGCACCUGCAUAGAUAUAUGGGCUGUUGGUUGUAUUUUAGCAGAAUUACUUUUAAGAGUGCCACUUUUUCCUGGAGAAUCAGAUUUAGACCAAUUAACAAAAAUUUUUGGAGUUUUUGGAAAUCCUAAUGAAGAAAACUGGCCUGGAUUGAAAACUUUAUCAGACUACAUAGAGUUUAAACCCAUUCCAGCUAUUCCUCUUAAAUCUAUUUUCACAGCAGCUGGCGAUGAUUUAAUUAACGUAAUUGAGUGCAUGUUGGUUUUGAAUCCAAUUAUGAGGAAAACUUGUACAGAGUGUUUAAAAAUGCAGUUUUUUACAAAUAAACCAGCACCUACUAUGGGACCCAAGUUGCCACUCCCCCAGUGUAUUAAAAAAGUUAGUGAAAUUGAAAGACCUUCUUUAAAAAGAAAGUUACUUGAUUCUGUUGAUUCUAGUGGUACAUUAUCUAAGAGACUGUUUGUUUAAGUUUGGGUAUGUCAUAUCAAAUGAAUAAAGUAUUUUUUUGUAAAUUUUUAUGGAAUC